GAAACUCUACCACUUUUGUCCACAUGGACCGCCAAAAUCAACACAACGUGAAAGUUCCUCGUAGUAGCUUUAAGUGGCAACUUUGACACAUAUCAACAGUAAUACAAAUAAAGAAGAAUAAAAGUGUAUAUUUAAGAUAAAAAAUACAUAUAUUUUCAUGUAAUUGUGAGGCUCGAACUGAUCACCUUACUGAUGGUGUUACUGUAGUAGCAGCAGAUAAUGAUGUGCCUCAUACAGAAUGCGUAAAGGUGGUUUAACCACUUCCUGUAUAAUGUCCUCAGAGUGUUUUAGUCAGAGUAGUUGCUCUUAUGGGAAUGGAACAGAAAAAAACCACCAAGAGGAUGUGAUCACUUCCUCGCAGCACUCUGCACCUGAUGCUGCUGCCUCUCUCUGUAUCUCUGCAGCGAUGGUAUGUUCUCUAUGGAAACGUAUCAAAACAAUGAAUGAAGGCAAACGUUCUGCAUGAUUUGUUUUACGCUUUUCCCCUUUUUUGCACAUUACGUCAUUCCAGAUUUCGUCCUUGUCGAGUGCACGCUGGACUGAGACUUUGUUUGUUGUGUUUGGUGAGUGUGUGUGCACGAAGAGAAAUAAAUCAAGUUGUCAUACUUCUACUCAUUUCAUAUCAAUUAACCUCUGCUCCAUAUAAAAGUGAAAAGAAACAGAAGCCUGACAUCGUCUCAGUUCAUUUGGUGUGUUUGUUUUGCCGGCAUGUCAUUAUUUCAGGCUGCAUUCCGAUCACGUGACCGUCUAAGGCUGGUAAAAAAACUAGACAGGCAGGAUUUAUUUUUUUGCAAACGAUUGCCUCGACACAGUGAGUGCUGAAAGGGGAAGGGCGGGAGGGAGAGUCAGACGGACUGAAGGAGGAGCCUUAAGAGAGGAGAGGCAGCUAAAGGGAGGGGCACAGACAGUGUUUUGUCCUCAGCUGUGGAGGAAAACGCAGGACAGCGAAUGACUGCAGACACUUAACUUCUUCACUUUCAGCCCUCUCUCUUUCCCUUCGCUUGAUUUCUUGCCGGAGUGUGUCCGAAACUUCCCCGCUGGCACCAUGGAUAACUUCCAGACUGUUCUGCGUUUCUUCAUGAACCAGAAAGCCACCAUCGGCUACAGCUUCAUGGCUCUCCUGACCAUAGGCGGGGAGCGAGUCUUCUCCAUGGUUUCCUUUCAGUGCCCGUGCAACCACGACCAGAACUUCGCCUACGGGCUGACUUUCCUGCUGGGCCCGGCAGCGGUGCUGCUGGUUUUAGGCCUCUUCUUCAGCAGCAGGUUGUGGAGGCUCUACACCGGCUGCUGCCUCAAUCCCAUGAAGCUGUGCCCACGGGGGAACUGCUUCGGCUGCCUCAAGGCGUUCACGAGCAUCUUCACUGGGGCUUGCGUGGCCCCUAUAAUGUGGCUCUCGGUGGCCCUGCUCAACGGGACUUUUUACGAGUGUGCCGUCAGCGGCCUCGAUGAUAACGUGGUGGUGGAUUUGUUCUGUAAAAAUAAGACCACGAAGUGUCGGGAGGAGCUGGCCCGAGUGCCCUGUGACCGGUCCAAACUGUCUGAUGAUGAGCGCAUGGAGCUGCUGCUGAUGUUCAGGGCCCAGUCACAGAUCCUGGGCUGGUGUAUCAUCAUCGUUGCUGCAUUCGGGGGCCUCUUCGGUACCUGUUGCACAAACUGCCGCUCCAAAGUCAGCUACCUGCAGCUCACGUUCUGGAAGCGCUAUGUGGAGAAAGAGAAGGACCGCUUCGACAGCUUCGCGGUGGACUACGCCACCAAGCUGGCCGAGAGAAACCUGCAGAGCUUCUUUGAGAACAAGGACCCCGAGGCGUUCCCUUUCCCCAGCCACAAGGCCUGGGAGGAGAUCUCGGCACACUACACCUUUUCCAGGAGCGACCAGUGUUACAGCACCCUGCAGCGGUACGUGGAGAGGACAGACGGGGACUAUGCACCGGAGAAGAGACCUGUGUUGGACUUGGAGCAUGGAAUAGAGAUGCAUUGAGAGAGGGCAAACUGUGGUGCUACCGUCAUAACUGUUGGCAUUUAAAUCUAAGUUGAUUGUAUGUGCAAGUCUGACUCAGGAACAGCUUUCCUACAGAGAAAAACUGUGAAAAACCUUUCAGUGUGUUACUCCGAAGUAUUUGCCAAACUUUCUGUAAGCACAUGAAAUAAUGAAGGGCAUAACCACUAUUUUAUACACACUCGCUCUCCCUAUCUCUGUAACACUGCGUGCAUUUAGGUGUUCAACCACUAACACAAUGUAAGUAAUUAACUAACUCAGGUACUUUAAGAAGCUGCAGUCGGGCCUUCUGAAAACACUGAGACCCAUUUAAACAGACUUACAAGAGCCCUUUCGAUAUUGUCGU